UUAGUGCCCCGUCGUCUGCUUGUGUGUCUCUAUGUGUUUAUUAUUUCCACGUUUUCUGCAAAUAUAAUCUUUUUUAAUAUUUAAUUGUAUAAAUUAUUGUUGCUUCCUCCGUCCGGACUUCGAACUAAUUUUUACUUGCCGGUUGGUGUAAAAUCAUUAAUUUCAGCCUAUAGUUUAUCAGCGUUUCAAUUUAUUUCUUUACUAAAUUCGGAAAUAAGUGAGUUAUAUCGAUAACAGAAAUUUUGUAUACCAAUAUUUAGUUGGGUCCAACUCUAUAAAAAUUAUAGGCCUAGUUACUUUUUUAAUCAUAGAAUUGGCCAUCAACUUCAACCCCUGGAAUUCCAACAGAUAUGGUGCCCUUUGUGGUUUUUUAGCACUUAGGAAUUGUAAUUGCAGUGGGGCAUGGCCGGCUCUGGUACUAAACUGAUGACAUUGACAACAACCGUGACCUUGAGUGACCUUCAGACACGCUUCAGCCGAGACCUGGCAGAAUGGAGGACGACGACGCAGCAGCAACAACAACCCCUAGUGAAAAAACUCCCGAGCACAACAAAACGGACGAAUCGCCCCGCAUUGGUGUAAAUGUAAAUGGUGUGGUGAAACAAGAUGGCUGUGAUAAGUUUAACCGGAGUGUGGCGUCGAGAAGCAGUUCGUCUUCGCUGUUGUCGAUGCGGCGCCGAUCCAUAGUAAUGAGUCCGACGAGCGAUGCGGCCAAAGCGAGCUUCAACAGUAAAACUGGACUUCACGUGCAGUUCCACUCGAGUACGAAUACAAACGGUUCCGGUCAGGGAGAAAAGAAAGGGAGAGCGCCCUCGUACACCUCGACGAGUUCAGGGAGCUCGAGUUCAAGUUACGAGGACGACUCGAGCUCUGGCUUGUCCGAGGUAAAGGCACCUGAUGGCGGAUGGGGAUGGGUCGUCGUCUUUGCGGCAUUCAUGGUCAACCUGAUCGCAGACGGGAUUACGUUUUCCUUUGGUGUGAUUUUUGUAGAGUUUCUUCAUUACUUCGGCGAGGGUAAAAGCAAAACAGCAUGGAUCGGCAGUUUAUUCAUGGCAAUGCCUUUGUUGUCCGGUCCAGUGGCAAGUUUCCUAACGGACAGGUACGGGUGCAGAAGAGUGACUAUAAUCGGUGCAAUAUUGGCUGCUGCGGGAUUCAUAAUCUCCUCGUUCACCAACAGUGUGGAGUUGUUGUUCCUCACAUUUGGUAUCAUCGCCGGGUUUGGACUGUCGUUGUGCUACGUGGCGGCAGUCGUGAUUGUUGCAUAUUACUUUGACAAGAGGAGAUCGUUUGCGACCGGUCUAUCCGUGUGUGGUAGCGGGAUCGGCACGUUUGUGUUUGCACCUGUCACACAGUUUCUGCUUGUGGAGUAUGGUUGGCGAGGGACCACUCUGGUACUCGCCGGGCUCUUCUUGAAUCUUAUUGUGUGCGGAAUGCUAAUGCGAGACCUGAAGUUCACUCCAGGGAUGAGUAAAGGUAAAGACCUGAAGAAACGGAAGAAGAAAUUACGUCUCAACACAACCUGCAGUGCCGACUCCUUCUCGGCUCUCAACUCCACCCAGCAAACUCCCACAUCAUGUCCCAGCAGCGGAGAGCUACGGAAACUCCUUCAGCGACCUGAUCAUGGAACACCGAUGUUUGAUGUUGCCCCGAUGGAUCUCAAGACCAUGGCUCGAUUCCUUCUUAAACUGCCUCCGUAUGGAGAUAAACUGAUAAAAUUAGUGUCCUCCCCUAUAGAGAGUCCAGGAGGUGACUGUGACUUGGUCUCACGGCAGUUUAGCUCACUAGUCAGUCUGCCGACAUUUGUCCGCAACGAAGAGAAAGUUCCGCUAGAAGUCCUGGAGAUGUUGACCACCCACAAACAUCUGUACGCAGUCCUCCUGCAUAACUACCCCAGUCUACUGAUAUCUUCUCGUAGCUUCAGUGACAGCGGCCGCCUUCAUGAACAGCAGCAACUCAAUGGACGUCCGAGAGAUCAGUUAUCAGCGAGGUUCGUAGCUAACAACGCCCCCGUCAGUCCUCUAGCUCGCACUCCCAACACAGAGCCCCGCAGCACCGCCACCACCCCGGCAGACGACGGUAUCACUGAGGCCAGCCCACUGCGGGGCCACAAACAGACCCGCCUGCCUACUGCCAGCUAUCUCAAGGAUCUCAGGGUUCACAGGCACUCGCUCACGUAUCGUGGAGCCAUGUUGAACAUCAACAGGUAUCGUCUGAGAGCUUCUUCCUGCCCGGACAUCUACAGGAACUCCAUGACUACCAUCGCUAAAGAGGAGUCUGAUUGGUCCUCCGGACUCUCGGAGUUGUGGCUCUUGAUGGCUGACAUGUUAGACUUCUCACACUUCUCCAACCCUCGGUUCCUACUGUUUGCGGUCAGCAACUUCCUGCUGUACACAUGGUAUGAUGUCCCAUACGUCUACCUGGCGCACAACGCUAUACAGAUGGGUUUCUCAGAGACGGACGCUAGCUUCCUCAUCAGUGUGAUCGGCAUACUCAACAUGGUCGGAGAGAUAUUCCUGGGCUGGGCUGGUGACUGCGCCUGGGUCAACGCAGGUCUAGUCUACGCACUGUCCAUGGCGUUGUGUGGAGCCGUGGUGUCUCUGAUACCUCUCAUCUACUCCUACGAGCUGCUGUGCGUAGUGUCUGGGGCAUUCGGACUGUUCAUUGCUGCCAACUACUCCCUCACCUCCAUCAUCCUCGUGGAGCUCAUCACUCUCGAGAGGUUUACCAACGCCUAUGGACUGUUGUUGCUAGUGCAGGGAGUCGCCAAUUUGGUCGGACCUCCGUUGGCCGGUUGGCUGUACGACAUCACCGGCAGCUACGAUCUUCCCUUCUACCUCUCUGGAAUCUUCAUAGCCAUGUCUGGAGCACUUCUGGUGAUUCUUCCGAUCAUACACAAGGUUCAGAGCAUUCGCAAUGCCAGCAAACAAAAAAAACUGUCCUCCAAUCAUGUGUGAGUCACAGUAUUGUACCGGUGAGGUUAGGUCGCCAAACUGGGAACAAUAUCUUCGUAGAUGGGUUUUCUUUUAGUCUAUUGACGAUAAUUUUUCAUCAAGGUUGUUGAGGUUUUGUCAAUAACUGAGAAUUGUUUGAAAUACUUUUUCGGUGAUUAGAAUUUAAAAAAAUAAAAUUAAAAAUUAAAAUGUAUCAAAAAAUGUCCUUGGAACUUUACAUCCAGACUGAGUUCCAAUUUUAUGUUUCUUGUUACAAUGUUGAUUUGCUAAUUACUUUCCCAAUAUUAGUUGAUAGUCAAUUGAAAAAUUAUGAAAUUAAAUCAUAAAAGUAAAUAAUCUGAAGGAAAACUCUCUCUAAGAUAUUUAUUUGUUUCUCACAAUCUUACCCAAUUUGGUGACAAAAUGUUCACUGUAUUAGGAAACAAAUUCAACUUAGAUAUACGAGUCUAGGAACAAAUAUAGAUAGUUAGUUACAAUUAUACUGAUAACUUUUUAGAUGCGAGUAAGAUAGAACUAUCAUAGAACGAUUGUUACGUUGAUGAAUACGUCUUCCCUGAUUCCUAGUUUACACAGACUAGCUCGGUGGUUUUUAUUUUAGAUUUGGUUGUUUAUUGUUGUAGUACGUCAUAGACUAGUCGUUGUCUCUAAUCGAUGAAUGACACUUGAAUGUUAGAACUUGAAGAAUAGUAACAGCAUUUACUUUCUUCAAUGUUUACUGUGUCAGACGUAUAGAUUUUGUGUGGAUCAAUUGUUGAAAAGGUAGAUUAUAGUUUAUUUUAAAUCAAGGUAUAACUCAUGAUAAGACAUUUAAUUUUAACAUUGUAAAUGUUUUAUUUGGUUUAUUUGAUUUUGAUUCCAGAUCAACAUUUUUGUUAAGUCUAUCAACAGUUCAAAGUAUUAAUCAACUAUACAUAAUAACAUUCAUAAUAUGUAUUUUAGAUUCAUGGCUUAGCAUUGUUUAGUUAACAAUAUGAAGUCAAUCUGUUAUGCCUAAGGUGUGUUGUCAUAUAAAAAUCAUAAUAUUUUGUUGUAAGUAUGAAAAUGUAAUGUAGGCGUUAGAUCAAGAUUAGAUUGUGCGUUUACGAUUUUAUGUAAUUAUCUAGGAAAUUGAGGGGCACCUAAAAGGGUAAUUUCAAUUUGCUCCGUAUUUUAAAAAUUCAUCCAGGAUUUUUUAAUUUGAAAAUGUGUACAUAAAAAACAAAAAAAGAUUUUUAUUGACUAAAAACAUUAGUGUGUAUAUUUCUUUGUUUCCCAACAUCCCUAAUAACAAUAACUUAGACCCAUCUUUGUUAGCAAUAUAAUCCUUAAUGGACACUUAAAACUUUUUGUGCCUGAAAUUUCAUUUUUCGGGAUAAAAACUUUUAACACCACUGUUUUCUUGAUUAGUUUUGUGUUUUGGUCAAUUAAGAUGUUUGAAAAAAGCAGACAGAUAAAUAACAGGAUAAUCUUAAGUACAAUUUUACGAUAAACAUACAAUCCUGACUGAAACAUAAUGUUUACCUUUUAAAAUACCUCAUACACCAAAUAUUUAGAUGUAUCGUAGUUUGUUUUCCGUCAUUGUAAACUCGACCAAUUAUUUAUAGUUUUCUGUGUGUAGCUCUAUAUAUUUGUAUGUUGAACAAUUUAUACAUUAAGACUGAUUAAUUUGUUAUGUAGAUUAUGCUUAUUUUAUAGGAGGUAAUUUUUAUGUUUUGUUUUUAGCAAUUAGUUGAUGAUAUUUUUUAACCGUGGGAACAUUAUUAUGUUUCAGUGCUUCGUCACUUUUUGGUUAGUUUUGUUUUGAAAAUUUAGUAAUGUCUAAUGUCUGUUUGGACAAAAAUGUUAUGUAGUUGUAAUUUUGGGUGAGUUUGUUGGAAAAUCCUUCCCUCACAUGAGCAAUGGGUUUUGAUGGAAAGUAAUCUUAAAUUUUAAUUUGCCCAUUCACUUUGAAAACUGAAGUGGACAUCCCAUCUACAUAAGAAUCACAUGUUCCUUAAAAAAACUUUUUUCUUUUAAAAGAGAACUGUAAAGUAAAUAAAUCAUUUUUCAAAAGCAUACUCAGUCAAUAAACAAAUUUUUUCUUCUAAAACAAAACUAAACAUUAAAUGUGAAUAUUUGGGUGUCUACUUCAAGAUAGUACACGUGUAGUAGAAAGAUUUGCCAAAGCAAAAUUGGUAAUACAUUAUAUAAUGGUACCCUUGAUAUUUUUUUUGUGAUUUGUAUAUAAAACCAUAACCGACAGUCAUGUUUUACAAAUAAAUGAUAAUAUACACAACUUUAAAUCACAAAAAAGGACUAGACAGUUUUAACACUACAGUAAUCUGUGAAGUCCAUAUUUCUUCUAAUCAACGGAUGUUUUAUACCCUUUAUGAUGCUGUGAUAUGGGAGUGCCUGAGGUUCCAUUUAGAAUAUAAAAUGUUCAGAGGCACUCCUAUCAUGCAAAGAGUAUAUGGUAUAUUCAAGUCUGGCAUACCACACUAUGGAGGCCUACACACUUAGAAAUUAACAACAUUUUUUACCAUAUCAUGACUGUAAUUUACUAUGGAUGAAGACUAGUUCUCAAUUUCUGUGUUAUUUAAAGUACACAAUACAAAUCAAAACGGGGGAAGACUUUACUUGUUGCCAUAUUAAGCCAUUAUUACCAACUAUACCAGUUAUUUCUUAUAUUACUUUCCUUUUAAUGAUUGAGUUAAAUACAUUUGAGGAAUUCUGUUAAGUUCAUAAUAUGUCAUUGUCUAAUGUCAUCCAAGGUUUUACCAUCGUCUUAUUUAGUUAGUUAUCUCAGAAGUCUGCUGAACUGGAUGUAAAGAUUAUAAUAAUCUCCAGCUCAUAAUAAUAAAGUUUGUAAAUUCACACAUAACCUUUAUUCUCUUCCAUCAAUCAGUAAGAUGUUAGUGAUGUUUGUAUCUCGUUUGAAGAAGGUGCUCCUCCUAGUUUUUUUUUUUUUUUUUUUUUUUUACCAGUUAAGUUGUUUUUUAGUUCCUCCUUUUGUACAUAACAUACGAGCGUGUAGAUCCGAUGUAAAUAGUCGACAAAACGAUCGAGUUUUGUUCUCAGAUAUUUAGUACAAUUUUAUAAAUUGUUCAAUUAUAUACAGAUUGUAUAUGAGAGUGUUAGUAUUUUGUACUUUCUCACAGCUUCUACCCUAAAUGCUGGUAAAUCCCAGAUUUUUAGUUUAAUUUUAUGUUUGGUUGUAUAAUUUUCAAAUAAGAUAAAAAUUUCGGUUCAAAAAAUUCAUACUCUUAUGAAAAUAAUUAUUAGUCUAUUUUUGUUUGCUAGGGAAAAAAUUGUGAAAACAUGUCUUGGCUAUGUAUGGAAAGAUUUAACUGGAGUAAGAGCUUGGGUACUUCUAUUUCAGUUUACCUAAAGAAAUAUUCUUGUAAAAUAACAAAUCAAAUAAACUGUAUCAGCAAUCUGACACAUAACUUUUUCCAUUAGCUUGAUAACAACCCUUACCAAAGGGCUGAAUAAUUUUUGAACUGUAAUUUUAAUAGCAAUGGGGGUUGUACGGUUUUGUUCAGGAUGAAAAGAGUUACAAUAUACCACGUUUUUAUCAAGAUCGAUCCAGUACUUUUUUAAAUCCGGUUUACUGUUACGUUAUGGACGGAUCCCCAUUAAAAAUACAAAUUUCAAACAAAUUAAAUAACUCUGUAGACACCCAUACUUACGUACAAAAUUGCAUUAAAAUUGGACCACGGGUGUGGUCUGUAGCUCUGUACACAUCCCUUUGAAAACCACUUUUUUUGGAUUCAAGGGGACCCAAGACGGAUAUAUCCACUAAAAACUCGAAGAUUUGGACAAAUACCCCCGCCACAGCAAACCUGCAAGCUAAGCAAAUUUCCAUUUGUCUGAAUUGAUUUUAAAUUAAAUCUAUUUAAAUAAAAUUAGGUUAAACGAGUCAAGUACCUAGUUUAAAUACCUGCAUUCAGUUAUCUAAAUUGCUGCUUGUGGCAACUAUACUUUCAGUUCACAGGGAACCAUCUUCAGGCCGAACAAGGCGUCGUUAUUCAAUAACGACGCCUUGUUGGGCCUGAAGAUGGUUCCCUGUGAACUGAAACUAUAGUUGCCACAAGCAGCUAUUUGGACAACUGAAUGCAGGUAUUUAAAACAUUGUAAAUAUUCAAACGUAAUCCAGAGGCUAACAACUUUUGAAUAUGAAACAAGUACCUAGGUUUGCUGCUACAGGGAGGAUAAUAAAGUGUUUUUUAGUCAAAUAUAGCUUAGUAUAAAAUGAAUAGAUUUGCCAAGUUUGAUCAAUAUAUAUAUCUGAAAUAUAUAUAUGCUUGUAUAAACAAGCAAACUACAACAGUUUACUUUUUCUCCAUAAGAAUAAAAUGGGAAUUUAAAAAUUUAGGCUACAUUUUUUUCUCCGUAACCAAUAACCAUACAAAAACCGUGGGAACAUUAUAAAACAACCAUACAAAAACAAAAACAUACAACAACCAUACAAAAACAUUUCAAUAUCCUAAAUUAUUUGUUUUUAAAGCUCUUCAAAAUGAUCUUGCGAGAAAUUGGUAAAUUUUAUGUUUUGAGGGUAAAAAACAAGACCAUUUUUUACACCAUAAAUCCCACCAUAUAUACAACCCUGUUAUAAUGGACCAUUAUAACAGGGGACCGGACCGGUCAUGCGGGACUCGUUCAAAUAAACGUAGGUUUACUCGUUUGUACCAAAUUUCAUCGAAAUCGGAUAAUUGUUGCUCAAGUUAUCGUGCUAACGGUUAUAUAAAUGAAUUUGACCAGAUGGUGUUUUUUACCUCUGGGGACAUCAAAACAAAAAAGUAAAUCGGUCCCGGGUCAAGGUAUUACCAUGAUACCUACGGUAAUAGCUUAUUCCCUAUUCGCUAAAACAAUACUUUCUCCAUAUACUAUGUAUAAGGGGAGAAAGUAAAAAGAACAUUUACUUCAGAUGGAUUUCUGUCAAGAAGACCUAGAGUUUCAAUGCUGUCCAAUCACCUUUCAGUUAUUUGGUAACUUAAUACUGUAGACUUGUGGUUUGGAGCUAUAGGUCCACAUAUUUAAUGAAAAAAGAUAGAUCACGUUGGCAAGGGUGAAUUGUCUCUAUUUAGAUGACAAAGCCAUAAAAAUUAUCUUUUGUUUUUUAGCCGAUGAAAUUAAAUUACAUUUUAUAAACGCUAACAAAAGAAUGGUGUUUGCAGAUGAUAUAACACCUAAAAAAUCCCAAUAAGUUACAGAACUCUUUAUAAAUCAUUGCUUUACAUUGUCUACUACAAUUCAUUGUUUUCACGAGUAUAUUCAGUUUUCAAAAUUUAGGCGGUUUGAGGGAAAGCGGUUCCAUCCCCCCCCCCCCCACCUAACCCUAAUUUUAAAACAAAAGCUGGCAGCUAAAAAAGGUGGUGGGGAAACCCAUUAAACCUACCCCUUAGACUGCCAAAGUUUUGUGAACAGGUCAAUAGUAGGCCCAUACACAACAAAUUCAAACACUCUUAACUUAAUAACACUUUGUAAAAGUUGAAUUUUUCUUAGACACUCAAUUCAAUAAAUAUUUUCACGCCUUAAAGUGGUGUGUAUUUAUUUGAAGUUAGAUGUUUCCAUAGAUUAGACAAUCUUCUAGACGUUGUUAACUAAUGUUAUUGUAAAUAUCUAGUUGAGCGUUUUAUCAGACCAGUAGGCUUGAUAUCCCUAACUGGCAAGGCCUAGUCUAUACAGUAUUGUAAGAUUCCACUCUCAUUUCUAUAGUUCGUUAAUUGACAUUUACAAGUUCUUAUUGUAUUUACAGUGCAUAAUAAAUUAUAUUAUUUGGCAA